AUGGGCAAGGAACCUGCUAAGGGAACUCCUCCAGGAGGCCAGGAUAUCCGGGGCUUCGUCACUAUGCCAGUCGGUCAGUACCCCGUUCUCAUAGAUGACCAAAAAAAUUUCACGGCUCACAGUGUUGCAAAAUAUCCAGAUCAGCCACCGACUUAUGACGCCGGCCCGCCUCGCGUCGCCAUGCAGGCUCCGGGGCAAACGCCAUACGAUCUCCGAGUGUGCAUCCCAUUGGACCAGCUGCGCGACGUGCCUGGCCCUAUUCAAUGCCCGUGCUGUGGGUUUCAGGGUGUGACCAGAGUCGAGUAUGUCGCUGGUCGACGAACCCGACGAUCAGCCGGACUCCUUUUCGCCGCCACGGUGGUCCUCGCCCCGGUUGCCUAUCUCACCAACGGGACCAAGGAUGUCCGCCACUUCUGUGCAAACUGUGGAGUGUGCGUCGCAGUCUGGCUGAAUGAGAGAAACUCCCCAGGCCAAACUCACGUCAUGGCAUAUCAAAACCGAGCUGAGUCGUUCCCGUUCCGAACAAUUGUUUGCGGCAGCUUCUUGCACGAUAUCAGCGAAGUUAAAAUCGUCUUCGUCCUGGCGUCUAGACAUCCCUCAAACGCUGUGUUGGGUCUGGGUGCGUCUUGUCUCGAUCCCGGGACCAAGAGCAUCCUAUAUCUCCCGCUCGGAGUGUGGGAGAUGCGUUCCACCACCAAGGCAGUCCUGGAGAGCCGAUGGUGCACCUGUUCUUGGGCCCGGGACUUCCUACUGACCCUCAAAGCGUGGUUCGUGGAAAACACUUGGACACGGCUGGCCCACGACCACAGCUUCGUCGGGAAUCGAACUGCAGAGCUGGCUGGGAUCGCACAGCACCAUGAUGAAGACCUGGCGUACUCGGUUUUCUCGUCUCAAACUCGAUCACGGAGCGUCCUGUACCCUCGACGGCGCGGGACUUUGACAUUCGACUCCACGCCUAUGGAGUUCAAGAGGAGGAUGAUCUCGACCCGUUUCCCCGCGCCUUACCGGGCUUUUACGACCUCGCCGGACACCCCUGGUGUUUGA